UCCAUUUGAGGUAAAGCACGUAUGUAAAUGCAUAUUCUUCAACAUUCAAGAAUAUAGAUAUGUAAUACGAUGUUAAUAAGUGUACGGGUAAUUGUUUUUUUAAUAAUGAUAAUAAGCAAUGGAAUGUCCCGAAGUGUGCAUAGUGCCCCAAAUAAUAGUGAACCUUCGACAUCCUACAAUCUGCCCACAGAGUUGUCGAGUGGAACCAUUAUAACAAUACAGGGUAAACUUAAGAUUGAUUCCACGUUAAGGAUAAUGCUUUUGACGAAAUUUGAUUAUGCCUGCGGAAUGACGUUCCUACCCCAAAAGGAAGUUGUUAUACAAGAUUCUACGGAAUUCCCGUAUAAUGUUCGACCUGCAGAUGAGUCAAUAACAUAUACGAUAUACAUGGAUGCAAGAUCGGUGGAUCAAACAAUAGACGUUAUAGAAAUGUAUUUUGAAAGUGAUAACGCAGGUUUACUGACUCUAAACAGAUGCCCUGUAGAUUCCCUAAGCAGUAUUGAGAAAAUUUUAAUAAACGGCAAACAGAAUGUUGUAAACAUGACAUUCAAUUUCCAGAAAUCAAGCUUGAAGUAAGCUUGAACUGAGUGCGCAAACGCAUACAAUUUCUGUGAUAUUUUUUCUAGUCAAUUAAUUAUUGGGAGUUUCGGCUGGCCCGAAACUAUUUUUUGAAAUUUAAUGUAACAUAUUUUAAUAAAAAUGUUGAAACCCU